AUGUCAUAUGUAAACGAGUGUGCGGGAAUCGUGUGUAAGAACGGGGGCACGUGCGUGGACCAAGUAGCGGCACACGUCUGCAACUGCGUAUCUGGAUUCACGGGAACCGCGUGCGAGACAAAUAUUGACAAUUGUGAGGGAAUAACUUGCAACAACACGGGCGUAUGCUUGGACGGAAUAAAUACAUUUUCAUGCGCAUGUGAUCCCGGCUGGGAAGGGACUUUGUGUCAAAUAGAUAAGAAUGAUUGUGUUGACCACAGCUGCGCUAACGGAGCUACAUGCCAAGACGGUGUAAACUCCUAUAGUUGCGUUUGUCCGGAUGGUUAUAUUGGGGAUUUUUGCCAAUCUGAGAUCAAUGAAUGUAACAGUGACCCUUGCAAGAAUGGAGGCGCAUGCACGAACCUUGUCAACAAGUACAACUGUACAUGUCUAGCAGGCUACAUCGGCAACAAUUGUGAAACAAACAAAGACGAAUGUGCGCCCAAUCCGUGCAUCCACGGAACCUGUGAGGACAGGGUCAACGAUUACCUUUGUACUUGUGAGCAGGGAUAUACCGGCAAGAAUUGUGAAAACGAUAUCAACGAAUGCUCCAGCCACCCCUGUAAGCAUGGUGCAACAUGUAAUAAUCUGGUAAACGAGUUGACGUGUACCUGUACCCCGGGUUACACGGGACCUUUGUGUGCAUCAGAAAUCGACGAAUGCCUUCCGAAUAUGUGCCAGAAUGCUGCAACAUGUGUGGAUCUGCUGAAUGCCUAUGAGUGCCAGUGUCCUGCAGGCUACAGUGGCACCAAUUGUGAACUAGAUAUAAAUGAGUGCCUCCCAAACCCCUGUCAGAAUGGCGCCUUGUGUCAGGAUGUAGUGAACAGUUUCACGUGCACGUGCGUCACUGGAUUUACUGGAAAGACUUGUGAAUCAAAUAUCAACGAAUGUGCAUCGAGUCCCUGUUUAAAUGGAGGAACAUGUAAAGACCUCGUGAACGGGUUCGAAUGCACAUGUACAGAUGGUUACACUGGAGUUAAUUGCAGACCAGCUGUGCUUGGGGACCAUUGUAGCAUCCGGCCUGUCGUGUGUUCAAACAUCCUCAACUCCCAAUGCACGAGCGACACGUGUCAGUGUAUGGCAGGCUUCGAGAAGACUGCAGAGGCAGCGUGCAGCAAAAAAAAUUGUGGCAACUUGGCUUAUCUCGACCACGGCACAGUAGAUUCCUCAGCCGGCACGCUCUACGCCGCGGUCGCGAGCUUUACGUGUAACACGGGAUACGUGAGGAGUGGCGUCGCCUCCGUCACGUGCACCAGUGCUGGCACGUGGAGUGAUGCCGUACCCACGUGCACUAUCAGAACGUGUCCAACCAUUGCCAUGCCACCGAAUGGUGACGUUGUAUAUUCUCCCAAUCGAGACUACCUGAGCAGAGCCGAUUUCUCGUGCAGUCCAGGCUACAUAUUGACUGGCGCCACUUCUAGAACCUGCCAGGCCAACGGCGCAUGGGACGGUACUAGUCCUACGUGUGUAAUUAAAGUGUGCAGUGUUUUGGAUGCACCGGACGAUGGCACUGUUGAUCAGCAUUCGGGAAAUGUGUACGGCAGCACGGCGACGUACGCGUGUAACACCGGAUAUGCGCUGAUUGGUCAUAACUCUACCACGUGCACUGACACAUCCAUUUGGAAUAAUCCGAAACCAGUUUGCCAGAUCAAAGAUUGUGGUCAACUUUCGUCGCCAUCUAACGGAGAUGCUGAUGUCUCCAUGGGCACGAAGUACGGCGCCGUGGUUGUAUUCUCUUGUAACACCGGAUAUGAAAGGAUAGGCGUUGCCUCUGUCAAAUGUCUGGAUACAGGGGUGUGGAGUGCCAAGCCGCCUGUUUGUCAGAUAAAAGACUGUGGCGCCCCACCUGCUCCCACCAACGGUAUAGUAGACACCUCUGAAGACACCACGUACCAAGCGGUGGUGUCCUACUCGUGCAAAGCGGGCUUCGUACUCAAUGGUAUCAUAGAACGCACUUGCCAGUCAGAUAGAACGUGGACCAAUGAGGCGCCAACAUGCGACAGAAUCAGCUGCGGGACAUUGGUUGAACCAGCCCACGGCCACGUGGACCUCUCAGACGGCAUCAUGUUUGAAGAUGUAGCGUACUUCUCGUGCGAUCCCGGGUAUCGGGUCACUAGUGGGGACCUCAAGCGAGUGUGCCUCGCAACUGAGCUAUGGAGUGGAAACACCCCCGUCUGCACAAUCAAUGUAUGCGCAACGCUACAGCAUCCCAUACACGGUUUGGUCGCCACUCCUAUGGGAAACACUUCAGGUGCGGUAGCGGAGUACUCGUGUGACGUCGGCUUCUCGAUCCUUGGGGUCAACAACCGAACGUGUGACCACGACGGGGUCUGGACAGGGGUCGCUCCGACCUGUGGGAUAACUGACUGUGGCCCCGUGCCCCAGGUUCCGCACGGUAAUGUGACGUACUCUCCCGACACUGUUUACCGUUCAGCCGUGAUGUUCACUUGUGACGACGGUGCUGGGUACAAGCUGGUGGGCGUGGCUAGUAGGAUUUGCCAACCGUCGGGACUCUGGAGUGACAUGCAGCCGUCGUGUGAACUGAAGGAUUGUGGACUCCCUAAAGCUGUCGCAAACGGUUUCUUCACUUACACAUCCACCGAUGUCCACUCCGUAUCGACCUACGCAUGUAACUAUGGAUACGGACUCGUGGGGUCAGCUGCUGUAACCUGUAUGACAUCCGGCUUCUGGGGACCGCUUCCGGUUUGUAGCUUAGAUUGCGGCGACCCGCCUGUAGUUGCGCAUAGUACCGUACACAUACCCACAAGGACUCUGGUGGGGGAUAAAGCGACCUACACGUGCAGCAACGGCUACGUUGUAAGCGGAAGUGCCUCCAUUCAAUGCCAGACAAGUGGUGCGUGGUCCAAAACGCCCAUAUGUUACAUAGUAACUAUGGGUUACGGCGAGGCAUGCGUUUCCACGUCUCAGUGUGACACCGACCAGGCUACAUGCCGGACAGACCGCGGUCAGAACAUGUGUCUGUGCGCGGCUAGCGGGGAGCUGUACGACGUACAGACGAACGCUUGUCUCAAAAUAUGCAAUGACCUCCCGGAAGCCCAAACAUUCCCGUACGGCUGGGUGGUCCACCCGGAAGUCCCGUCGGCCGGUCAGAUCGCCGUAUAUUCAUGCGCAGCCGGAUAUGCUCUACACGGGCACUCUGUGCGCAUGUGCCAAUCGGAUGGGCGUUGGAGCGGCGUGGAACCCAAGUGCUCAUUCGGCUGUCCGUUCCCGACGAACCCCCUGAACGGUUACGUUAACACUUCGGAAGGCCUAGUAGCCGGCAACCGUAUCCAGUACUACUGCAAGCCCGGUUAUGCGUUGAGAGGCGAGGAGUUCCGAGUGUGCCUUCAAGACUCCACGUGGAGCGGCUCGGAGCCGACAUGCGCUAUUGAAUGUGAAACGUUACCGGAAAUCAAGAACGGUUACAUCGACAUGUCUGACGGCCGUUGGGAGGGGGUCCAUGUGAUAUAUGUAUGCCACAACAACUAUGCAUUGGCCGGGGACUCCAUACGGAAGUGCGAAUACACCGGCAGAUGGAGUGGCCUAGAACCAACCUGCGGCUUUGCGAUGUUCCCGGACAUUGUCUUGGCCCUUGGCGGUGUAUUGUUAUUUAUCAUUCUCGUGGACGUUUUCGCCAUCAUCUUCUUCCUCAUUUACAAGUUCCACAAGAAACCAGAGGUCAAGUUCGAUGAUAUAUCUAAGGAGGACGUUAAUAACACGACUGAGAUUGAAGACUUUGGAGAUAACCCGAUGGUCAAACCACAGGCAUUUUCGAUCUACGGCAAGAACUAUAAAGUACCAACGAUAAGUCACAACGACGAUCCCGCUACACCCCACCCACCGCCGCAACCCAAUCCUGCCUCGAAGAUUAUAUCCCUCUCCUUGUUCGACAAACCAAGCGCCGCGUGGAAAAAAAUAUUCAGGAAGGACCGGAAGUACGAACCGGAAGUUGAGGAAAGGUCGAAAGACGAUGAAGUCUACGCUUCUCGCCAUGCCUUGCAUGGAUUUCCGACGGGCCCAAGUCGAGAUGGUGAAUACCAGAACAGCGAUGAGCUCGAUCUGUCCUUUGACUCUCAAGAAAGCACAGCGUGACCUUUAGCUGAAAGACUAUCAGACUCCUUGUUUAAUUCUUGUUGAAUAUUGCUGAACUCCAAACAAGACACUCAGCUAUUUAAUUGAUGCUUAUUGAAGCCUCUCAGACGAGACGUUAACAUAUGAGUCGCGUUCUUAGAAA